UUUUUUUUUACCACACGCCAUUAUAAAUCUCCCCAUCCAUCGUCGCAUACUUCUUGUCAGUCUUCUACAUUUACAUAAUAAUACCGACGAGGAUGUUGCAACUCAUAAAAAACUGUAGUUAUUGGCAGGUUAUCAACCAACAAUUUUGCUCAUACAAAGUCAAGACACCAACAGGGAAUUUUUGCAGGAACGAAUACAAUGCGACGGGUCUCUGCAACCGUCAAUCCUGCCCUCUCGCCAACUCUCGAUACGCUACAGUUCGUGAGCAGAAUGGAGUGAUCUACUUGUUUUGGGAGAAGAUCAAGUUGUCCAAAAACUAUGCACAGGCACUGGAGCAAAUUGAUAAGGAAUUGAUCUACUGGCCUAACUUUUCGAUCCACAAGUGUAAGCAGCGUCUGACAGAGAUUACACAAUACUUGAUCAAGAUGCGUAAACUAAAAUUGAAAGCGGAUGAGAGACCCAAGCUGGUAGGGAUCAAGAAAAAAGUUGAGCGGCGGGAGGCCAGGAGAGAAGCCAAGGCAGAAGCUGCAGCGAGAUUAGAUAAGGCGAUCGAGAAGGAGCUACUGGAUCGACUGAAGUCACAUGCAUACGGCGAUGCACCCUUGAAUGAGGAAGAGGAAGAGGAUGAAGAACGCGAGUUUGUUUCGGAUCAAAGCGAGGAUGAGGAAGAUAUGGAAGACAUGUUUGAGAAGGAAUAUGAGCACGAGACUGUGGCUCUAUAAACAAUUUUUUUUUAUCGUUUAUCAUCAUUUCGACAGCCAUACAUACAUAUCCAUCAUAGCCACCGUGAAACAUAUAUAUACAUAUACUGCAUUGAACGACAAAUAAUAACAUUAUAGCAAACAAUGGCUUAAAUGGAAACAGCU